AUGGCAUGUAAAGCAUUUUUUCGACGAAAUGCUGUUAGACUUGGUACUUAUGAGUUUAUUUGUCCAAAAGAUGGUGAUUGUCCUAUAACACAUACAUAUCGUCGUUUAUGUAAUUGUUGUCGUUUGGCAAAAUGUUUUCGUGUUGGAAUGCAGAAAGAUUUAAUACUUUCCGAAGCUGCAAAAGAAGCAAGACGACAAACAGUGACACAAAAUCGUCAAAAACGAGAACUAGCAUUAAAAACAAAAUGUUUAGAUUUGGUAAGUAUUAACAUAUUGAAUGUGAUUUAAUAGAUAUUAAAGUAAAAUGAAUACAAGAAUUUUUCUUUUAAAAUUCUAAUAUUUUACAUAGAAAUUUAUUUGAAACAAAAGACUUAUUUAAUUUAUUAAGUAUUUGUAUUAAAUUAGUCUUUAAUUAUUGUUCGACAUAAAUUCUAGAGAUAUUCGAAAAGUUGGAAUGAGUCUUUUUUCUUAAAAGACUAUCAGAACUAUCGAUAUUGUUUUAUGAUUUUUUUAUAUACAUUCAAACUUGUUUUAUUUAUUUUGAUGUAUUAGUAAUGUUAGAAUGUAAUAUGACCUCUACUAAUUGUCGUACUUUUCAUUUAUUUUUCUUUCUUCUAGAACAUACAGUCUCUGGUAUGUUUUUUUCUUUGUAUUCAGUCAUUAAAUUGAUGCGUUGUAUUAUAUGCCCUAGAAAUGCAUGUUUCUUUCUCUUCACUGAGCUGUUGAGAUUUGCACU